CAGCAUCUCACGUCUCAAAGUUUUUCUUCACCAAAUAUUGGUGACAAUUAUUUCUUCCAUCACUAUUUUCAAUUUGAACACCCAAUGUCGCAUUUCAAGGCGAUAUACGGUACUUAAAAAGGCUGGGUUUAUUUCUAGAUAGGGUGCUUUUUGUUUUGGUCUCAGGCAUCGUUGGGUCACCUAAACAAGGGUCUUAGUUCGGGUCCUGGGCCCCGUGAUUACCUGAAGUAAACAUUACGCAGAACUGUUUUUAGCACUGAAUAGAUGUCGCCCCAGUAAUCUUUUCACAUCCAGACAUGAGUAAAGAUGACGACUUGGAGAGACGUGCGGUGGAAGAACUCCUUCGUGAAACAAGCAGAGCCCGGGCACGGGCGGACACCAUGGGCCCGGCUGGAUGGUUAAAGUGCCCUGUUGGGAGCACCAACAAGCGCUUCCUUCUCAACACUCUACGCUCUACAGCACUCCAGCGACGCCCUGGUGGCCACUCGAGAGCGCGUUCACCAGUAGAACGCGGAAGAAGCGAGGAAUCUGGGCGUGAAAGGACUGAGUGCACACGCCACCGGGAGGGCAAAGAGCGCAGUCAUAAAAGAGACUCCAUUAGAGAAUAUUCGCCUUCCCGACGCCAGUCCUCCAGUAGACACUCGAGCUCUCCCAAAGACUGCUCACGCAAACCCAGCCAGUCACACAGGAGGCGUUCCCGCUCCCCUGUCCACAACACCGACACGCCAUCAGCUGUCAAAAGGCCCUGUGACGAGAAGACUCCUAAAUUAUAAUUUUGUGCUUUCCUUUUGAACAUUAUUUCUGAUGCGCAAGGAAACAUUUACAUAAACUUUGUCGGACCCUCAUAUGGCGCACAAGUGUGUGCACUAUGUUUGAGCAUGGAGGUGUAUAAGCUAAUAUUAUAGGCCAGUGUUGUUCUGUAGCCUUAUUCCAAACUUUUCUAAAAACACUUGCUAUUUGCAGUGUCUAUCAGGUUAUAGUCUCAUAUGAUCUGCUUUUGGUCGCAGAGAUUUGCCAAAACCUUGUCUAGUGUCAAAACACAGGUGUCAGCCACGGAUCACUCCAUUGACUUAGCAAUAAGAUAACAUGUAAAUGUAGUUUGUUCUGUUUUCCAACAGGGAGCGCCAAUACUCCACAUGAGCCAAAACCUGUGGCCUUAUAUUAAAGUUUCUUGAUUUUCUGUA